AUGACUACUCUAACUAAGCUCUCUCAAUUUCUUUUCUUACUUAUUUCUAGCUACCUCACCUUCCACUGCGGCACCGCCUUUUCCAGUUGCUCCAUCGGCGUCAACUACGGAGCCAUUGCCAAUAACCUCCCACCGCCUCGUCAAGUCGCCAACUUCCUUAAAACUCAUACCACCAUUAACCGUGUCAAACUCUUCGAUGCAAAUCCCGAUUUCCUAGGCGCCUUCGGCAACACUAACAUUUCCGUCACUGUUACCAUCGGUAACGGCGACAUCCCUGCUCUCGCCAAACUGCCGGCCGCGCAGUCCUGGAUCGCAAGAAACAUUCUGCCACAUCGCCCUCAAACAAUCAUCAGAUACAUAAGCGCCGGUAACGAAGUCUUGGCCACUUCAGAUAAAAACCUAAUCGCUCAUCUUUUGCCUUGCAUGAGAGCUCUAAAAUCAGCUCUUAAUCUGGCGAAGCUGAGUAGUAUCAAAGUGACUACACCUCAUUCGUUGGUUAUUCUAUCGGCUUCUGAGCCGCCAAGUGUGGGAAGAUUUCGAAGGGGUUACGAUGAAGCUGUAAUCGCUAAGAUACUCAAGUUUCAUAAUCGAACUAAAUCGCCGUUUAUGGUUAACCCUUACCCGUAUUUUGGUUUUAGGCCACAGACGCUAAACUACGCGUUGUUUAAGCCAAACGCCGGCGUUUUUGACCCGGCGACGGGGAAAUAUUACACAAACAUGUUUGAUGCGCAGCUUGACGCUGUUUACUCGGCAAUGAAGAAAGUCGGUUAUGGUAAUGUAGAUAUUGUUGUGGGGGAGACUGGUUGGCCGUCGGCAGGUGACCCGAACCAACCGGAUUCGAAUUUACAGAACGCGCUGUUGUAUAAUGGGAAUCUUGUGAAGCACGUGAACUCCGGAAAAGGGACGCCUCUGAUGCCUAAUCGGAUUUUUGAGGUUUACAUUUUCGCUUUGUUCAAUGAGAAUCUGAAACCGUCUAUCUCGGAGCAGAAAUUCGGGUUGUUCAGGCCCGAUUUUAGUCCUGUUUACGAUGUGGGCAUUUUACGCGGUAAACACAAACAGAUGACCUCAAUAAUGUUGUAUGGGUUGCUCACUCAACCAGUCCUCUAUAUGGAAGCAAUGGGAACCUCAGUACGGACUCAGAGUGGACAGAACACAAUUGCUUUGAAUUCCAAUCAAGCGUGGUUAUUCGGUGGUGACGGUGAUGGCAAUGAGGGAGAACGUUGGAUAGUCGCUAAAACUGAUCCUGGCUCGCUUCGAACAAUUCUGAGCCCACAACUAAUUUUCCUCCUCCAAUCAACGGCCACGAAAUGGUGCAUACCGAAAGCAGACGCCACUGCUGCGCAGCUGCAGGGCUACCGAAUUGGACUGCAGGCCUAUACAGGCAGGUCACCUGCAUCAUAUGCCACGAAUGCAUACUAUGAGGCCAAUGGACAAGAUGAUUACAACUGUGAUUUCGGCCACACCAGAGUCCUCACUUCCAGGAAUCAAAGUACAUCAUAAAUCAUCCCUAGCGUCGGUGGCAGGAAACAGGAAAAGAUUCUGUGCUGUCAGGACUACUUAGGAUG